CAAUGCAUGAGAAGAUAAUAUCAAAAAAUGGAUAAACAGCGCAGAAAUAAAAGUUUUUCUCGUAAAGCUAUUUCUCGUCGAAACUUGAAAAAAAUAAAAAGUCACUUUAAUUUGCUUCUACGUCAACCCAAUAUUUCAAUUCCAAAUGAUUAUCUGGAGCCAUUGCCGGCUAAAUUACCGCGCAUUGAAAAAAAAUUGGACAAUGAUACCGAAAAUAAUAAUGAUAAGCCAUCUACAAGUCACCAUAAUAUAAUUGACCAAUCCGUUGUUGAUAAUACAAUCCAUAACAGAGAAAGUAUUUACUCCAGAGUUGGCAACAGUAGAAAAACAGAUGAUAAUGUUAAUAAUGCUAAUUAUGAUAAUCAUCAAAACCUAAUUUUCCAAAAUAGGAGUGAUGACAAUGAAAAUGUUGAUGCAAGGCUUGAUAAUUGUGUUGUCACUAAUAAUUCUCUCCCAUUUAAUGUUUCAAUUAAUUUUAACUCCAAUAUAUUCAUAACUCCAAACAUAAAUACUACGAUAAAAGAUCAUUUAUUGUCAGUCGUCGCUUUAUCACUAAGACAUCACUUGAGUUAUGAUGCUAUUUUGGAUAUAUUUCGCUGCAUGAAUAUGUUAUAUGGAACAGUGGAAUUACCAACAACAAAGCAGGCUCUUUGGAGAGCUUUAGGUCGUAAUGAUGCUCAAAUAACAAAAUAUUUUUACUGUCGACAGUGUGAAGACUUUCUUGGGGAAAAAUCCAGUGAUUCGAAUAAAUUACAACAACUGUGCUGUUGUGGUGCUUGUGGACCUACUAAAUCAAAAGCACAAGAAGGUUAUUUCUUAUAUUAUAGUAUUACAGCUCAACUUCAACAAUUAUUGACUUCACCUAAUAUUAUUGACGCAUUGAAAUAUAAGUUUCAAAGGCAGAAAUGUAAUUCUGAAGCUGUAGAAGAUAUCUACGAUGGAACCGAGUACAAAAACCUAAGUUCAAACGGAAUUUUAAAAGAUUGGUACAACUUGUCCUUAACAAUUAAUACUGAUGGCUGCCAGGUAGCCAAUUCAUCAAAUACUAGUGCUUGGCCAAUUUUUGCACAAAUUAAUGAACUUCCACCUCACUUAAGAAAAAAGCAUAUGCUCUUGGUAGCAAUCUAUGUAGAUAAGAAACACCCACUGAUGAAUAAUUUUAUGCGACCAUUAGUUGAUGAGCUGCGUCAACUAUAUCAAAAAGGAGUUACUUGGAAAUCACCCGAAGGAGUUGAAAUGAAUUCAAAAAUCAUUGUCACAAUGGGUUGCUUCGACUCUCCAGCUCGAUCGGCAAUAACGCGCUUUAAACAGCAUAAUGGUUAUUAUAGCUGUUUAUAUUGUUAUAUUAAAGGAAAAUGUGUACUACGGAAGAAAAUUGUAUUUCCUGUACAACAAAACUUUAGGCGAUUGCGCACACAAUUAGAUAUAGAAAGAGAUAUGUGUAAAGCUAGUGAAAUUGGGCGGCCUGUUAGAGGGAUAAAAGGCGUUUCAUCAUUUGCAACAUUACCAAAAUUUGACAUAAGUACAGGAGUAGUAAUUGACUCAAUGCACGCUGUGUAUCUUGGCGUUGUAAAACAUCAUAUGACAUUACUACUUACUAGAACAAAAGCACCGUAUUAUAUAGGAAGCCCUAAUUCACGUAAAAUAAUAGAUAAAUGCUUAUUAUCCAUUAAACCACCGUCUCGUCGCUCGAGGAAACCUAGGUCCAUUUCCACUUACAAGCAGUGGAAAGCCUCUGAAUGGCGAAACUGGCUAGACUAUGCUCCAGUAUGUCUUGAAGAUGUUUUGGAUGAAAAGUAUGUGAAUCACAUUGCUCUUUUGUCAGAAGCAAUGCAUUAUCUUAACAGCGAUUCUAUCACUGAAAGUGAAUUGGAAUGUGCUGAACGGUUAUUGAAAAAAUACGUCCAACUUUUUCAAGAAUAUUUUGACAUCAUCUCUAUGAACUCCAAUUUACAUUCACUUACCCAUAUAGUUCGAUGUGUACGCAACUGGGGACCGUCUUGGGGACACUCAGCUGUCGUCUAUGAGGCCUGGAACAAGAAGCUAUUAGAUAAAUUAACUAGUCCUCAUUGUCGAGCCGAGCAAAUUAUGACACGUUUUAUAAUGGAAAAGUUCAUAACAGCAUCGUCUUCUGCUGAUAACGUAUCAGUCGAAACUAGAAAUUACAUCAAGAAAGUACUUAAAAUUCCUGUUAUGAAUGAUGAUAUACAUUCGCAACCAAAAAUUUAUGGCCAAGGAAAGUCCAUAAUACGCUUGCCGACUUUUAAAGAAAGUCUAGCAUUAAUUUCAGCUGGUUUUUCACCCGAAACUAUUACAUACUAUAAAAAAAUGACUAUUAAUAAAGUAAAGUAUAGCUGCCAAAAUGAUGAAGCCGACGUCAAAUAUUGUGAUUCAGUAAUAUAUGAUGGUAAGGGAAGAUAUGGAAUUAUACAAUCAAUUAUCAUGUUUAAUCACGGUAAUUUAAGUGUCAGAGGUUUGCUGAUGUUAAUUUAUGAUGAAGAAGGAGGAGCAUUUCAAACACAACACAUAAAGAGAGUAAAAAUUUCUGAAAAUUUAGUUUUCGUUCAUGAAAACUGUAGAAUUAAACCAGCGUGUCUGAUGAAAUCUUCAGAUAAAACAUACGUUGUAAAACUUUCAAAUUGUUGGGAGACAGACUGAUUAAAAGCAAGCUUUAAUCAGUACGGCUGCCCAAUUUCAAAACACAGUAACUAACAUUUAAAAAUUUUUUUCAAUUUUUCUUAUUAAAA